CUAUAUGACAAUAUAUAUUUGGUAAUAAGAUCGUUUUAGGCUCCAUUUGGACGAUCGAAGUGCUGUCUACUCAGACUGGAUUCUGGUCAUCGCCACUCCGGCUGCAGUUACAGAAGACACUACACAAGUGAUCCUAAGCAUAGAAGAACUGAGAGCUAACUGGCAGGCUCCAUCACAGAAGAACUUACAACAUGCAAAAGACGGUCAACAUUCCGGGCAAGAAGCCGCAGAAGGUGUUUGUGCUCCCGGCGUGCACCAUCCUCUCGACUUUUUUCACUGGACUUACGUUCAUCUUCAUCAUGGCAUUGGUACAGCCUAACCUAACAACACAUGCGAAGAAGCUAGAUGAAGAACCAGUAAACACCAUUGAGGCUCUGACAGCCGACAUCGACAAGCUGGACAAAGAUUUUAAGGAUCUGAAAGCACUCGUUGAUAUGCUGGUGGCAGACGCCCCAGAAGAAAUAAAACAACAGUGUUACCCAGAAAAACUGCUCCAGCAGCUGAUGAAGGACAAUGAGAAUCUGACAGGCCGUGUGAAUAAGCUGGAGAAGCUGGAGAAGGACAAUCCGGCUCGUCAGCGCAAAGCAGGUGUUUGCCCACUGGAAUGGCGUAAACAUGGGGAUAGAUGUUUCCUGUAUGUUGAAACAGCAAAGACUUGGAGAGACGCUGAGGACCACUGCCUUUCCCUGGGCAGCCAUCUGGCCACCGUUCCCGACCACACCGUGUUCGACUUCCUCAAGGGAUUCGCUCAUGAGUUCACUUGGGUUGGGGCCUAUGAUCCUGACAAGAAAGAUGCCUGGCAAUGGAUUGAUGGUUCGAAUUCUGAAAACAUUCCAUGGGCAAGCACCCAGCCCAAUGACAAUACUUUCAUUUAUCCUGACGAAUACUGUGUGGUGAUACCUUCUGCCAAUCAAUUUGAUGCUAAUGGACUCCAUGAUCUGAGAUGUGGUUGGAAACAACCAUUUUUUUGUCAAAUUUGAUGGUGAUUGUCUCUGAUGUGUGAUCUGGCUGCUCCUAUGUCCUCGACUGGGGCGCUGACAGAUGUUGCCACUCUGCUUUCAAUUCAGACGCUUUAAUUAAUCAUAAUCAGCAUUCACAUGAUCCCAAACAAAAUGAACAUGGCUAAAGUGGUGACACCAAUGUACAAUCGGUUUCUUUACUGCCACAGUUUUCCAAAAUCAUUGAAAAAUUAAGCAACUGGUUAGAAACGCAAAUGACUUUCAGAGAGCCAAUAUACCUGGAUGCCAUUAAUUGAAAAACUGAGGAAAUUACCAAAAUCAAACUUUUUGGAAAGUGCUUUACAUUUCAAAUGGCCCCCUCCGAAGAGCACUGGGAAAAUAAAAACAAAACAACAUAAAAAGAGAAACACUGAUUAAAACAUAUUAUAAAACUAAACUUAAAAAAAUAAUAUAAUAAAUUAUAAAAGCAAAAAGUCAUUACAAUAAAGACAAAAAAAACAACAAAAAAAGGUGAAUAAAAUGAACAAAUAUGAAAUAUCCCCCAUAGACGGGGGGCAUAAUACCAAAAAAAGCCCUCCCCUUGCGUGUGUGUCCCAUCUUUAGGAAUGAUGAGGAGACCAGUGUCGGAGGAUCUCAGGAUCACAGUAUAUAUAUAUAGUGUAUUUAGGGAUCUGAAAAAAGUAUUUCAUACAAUUACUGUAAUACUGUAAUUCAUUUUCUAUGCCGCUUAAUCCUCAAUCCUUGCAGGGGUGUGCUGGAGCCCAUCCCAGCUGGCUUUGGGCGGGAGCCGGGGGUACACCCUGGACUGGUCGCCAGUCAAUCGCAGGGUACAUAUAGAAAAAACAACCAUUCACACACGGGGCAAUUUAGAUUGUCCAAUUAACCUACCGUGCAUGUUUUUGGACAUGUGCGAGGAAGGAGUCCCAGGAAACAACCCAGUAAAAGAAUAUGUAAACUCCACACAGAUCUUCCAGAUCUCCGGCUAAUUUUCUCAAUUGCUACAGUACUCUGGCUGUGUUAUUAGGUUUUGCAUAUAGCUUGCGGCGUAGGAUCAAUUGAAGGAAUAAAACUAUUCAACUCGACAACUGCAAAGUCACAAAAAACCUAAAGCUGGUACUAUUCGCAGACAAUACUGUAGCAUUCUGUUCAGGAGCUAGUAGAAUCAGAGAUAAUGAAUAAAUCAAAAUACAGGGUGAAGGAAAACACAUUUUAGAGGUCAUAACCGAUGACAACAUAAUUUGAAUCAACAUAAUCUGUACUGUUCUCUCUUGAUUCACUUACUGUACGACAAAAAGUCAGGAUAAGACAACACUGGUUAGAGAACACACAAAGCCUUUACUCAUUGAAUCACAAUUAUGGAAAUGCACUGAUCUAGUACAUGUUCACAGCUAAAAUGAUGCACAAAGCAAAUAAGCUGCUACGCAACUAUGUACGGAUGACUUAAAACAUUUAUAUGCGCAAACAGAAACCUUCAGCAUUUCUGUAUGUGGGAUAGCAGAUUGGGGAAAACAAUGUAUUUAUUUGACCCAUUUAAAGAAACGGUACAAAUUUUACAGAGAACACUGAAAACUGCUGUUUCAUGAUUUUGUCAGUUUGACAGAAAACAUGCUCAGAAUACAAUGUUUUAAUAUUAGGGGUGCACGAUGAAUAUAUGAGGAGUUAUGAUGUCAUACCGAGUAAUCCGAUUAACAUUAAAAAUACCUCAGAUAACCAAGAAAAAAACGCUCGGUACUGUGCUGUAGGUGAGUUAGCUUGAGAAAAUCGAGCAAUUCUUCCUCCUGCCUGUGACGCACGCACCGUGAGCUCACUUGUAACAUUCACUGUUUCAGAGGAAGACCUUUGACGUGGUUAGCAAACAAUCAGCGAAUAGGGAAUAAAAGAUUGAGCUGCAACACAUCACAACCUUAUCAGCCACUUGACAUGCCAGCAUCUCUACGCCUGUUCCUGUUGCUGAGUGCUUAGAAAAGUUUGAGAGAGAUGGCCCGACGGCUAAAGCCGCCGCUAUAUUUGUUUUUGUUCAAAGUGAUGUCAUGACAGUUAAAUCUAAAAGUUAGCGGGUAUCGGACUUGAUAAACCAGUAUCGGCUUGAAAAAGAAUAUUGUGCAUCUCUAAUGUUUUUAUCGGAAUUUUUCCUCUGUAACCAUCUAGUCGUCAUACAUCUAUGUUAUGCUAAUCAACUGCUUUUCGUCUAUCCAUGUAUAUCACUGAACAAGUGAUCCACAAGCUCAAACAACUGUACCUUAGAAAAAAUUGGUCAACUGGAACACAGGAAGUGAGCAACUGUCAGUAAUUACUGAAUAAGCUUACUUUUGGUACAUGUUGAAUUGUGCAAGUGUAAAUGUGAUGUACUGAUCGAAAUUGUUUUGCAUGUUCCAAAUAAAA